AUGUCUCUCUCCGACACGGCGCUAGCAGAGAGCAAGCUGUUGGCGGACUCGCUGUCAGACCACUGGAACGACCUCGUCGCCACGUCCAUCAGCUCCACCAACGCCUCCCCCGCUCUCGCUCCCCUGCAUUCCGCCUCUGCCAAGACAUCCGCGGCUUCCGGCUCAGUCGCCGGCAGCGGCACGCCGGCCGACGAGCCGCAUGUUCAGCUCAUGGUCAGCGAUUACGUCGCCGACGUCAGCUCGUACGAAGCCACGCUACGAUUGUUAGACGGGAAGGACCCUAAGGCGGAAAUAACGAGCGUCAGCAAGGCUCUUAAGAUUCUCCAGGUAGCCGCAGACCUGCAAUUCGACGACGGUAUUAACGCCUGCUUGCGAUACCUGGAGGCCGUGCCGUGGUCCACGGACGAGGAGGUUGAGGUAGUUAAUGUCCUCGCGCGCCUCGGCAUGGACCAAACCAAGGGCGGAUUACGUGUUCUGGCGCGUCUUGGACCGACAAGCGCCGAAGCGGUCUAUAACGUUCUCAAGAAGCUCGUGUCUCAGGCCGUGGCGCGCGCGGACGCAGUUCCUCCGGCCGACCCGCAGUCCAAGGCCAUGUGGCGCGCUUCCGUGGAGAAGCUCUUCAUCAGCGGCUCGCUGCGCGCCGAGGUGCGGAAGCGCGUGCUAUUCGAGCAGCUGGACGAGUUGAUAGACCGCGUUCAGGCGUGCGUGGUGGAGGAGGCGGCCGGGGGAGGCGGCGUGAUGCACUUCGUGGACAUGGCGGCCGAGUCGUCCAAGGAGCUCGCCGCGAAAUUCGCAGUUGAAAUGGACAACGUGGCGUGGCUCAUGGGAACCAUGGUGGACCGGUUAGGAGACAAUCGCGCGGAAGCCGCCAUGUACGAUCCGUUGCUCCCUAUUAUUCUGCGGCUACUAACCCUGAUGGUGGGCGGCCACGCCAUCAUCCCCACGAACACGCGCGCGGCGCUCGUGAAGCUGUGGCUGCCCGUGCUGACCACCAUUCCCCGCCUACCCGCUGUGUUUUCGCGCGAGCGGGGGCGGCUGUUGGGCGAGAUGCUGGGGCAGGUGAUUUUGACGCUGCCGUCGGCGCAGCAGGAGGAGGUGAUGGACCUCUGGCUCUCGCACUGCGGCGGCCGCUACAACGCCUGGCUCGACAUGGCCGCCUUCCUCGAGCAGUGGCUUGAGCGAGCCGCGCGCAAGAUCAGGGACUGA